GUAAGUCGGUGGUCACGAUUUUCGCGUUAAGCGGAUCUUAUAUAUAGAGACAAAACCUUAACAAUAAAUCAAAAUCAAAACCGGAAUGAAGUCGGGCACUGUUGUGAUUUUGUGCUUUCUUUUGGUGAUUGAGAGGUGCGGGGGUGAUAUUAGUGAAAGGGGGUAUGUUUACCCGCAGCCUGUUCCACCAGUACAGUUUGAUGAGCCUACUGACGUCUAUCUCCCUCCAGUGAUCCAAGACUUCCCGCCACCCUUAGACGAUACCCCCCAAUUCAUCAACCCCCCAGACAACAGCUACCUUCCCCCAGUUCUUUACCCGCCACUAGACAACCCCCCUCUCCAAGACGAACUUCCUCCUUCCCCACCAUCUUUAUACCAAGCACCUCCUCCCACUAUGAAAAUCCUAAACAUGUCCUGCACCUUGGACACCUCCUUCAAGACCUUGGUCAAGAUCGAUUCUAAGACCGGUGUCCAACCGGUGAUGGAUGGGAAAGAUGGGUGUAUCACCAGGACAUCUUCGCCUGCGGUGUAUGCGAUAGAGAUAGAGGAUGUGAGAAGGAUGAAUGAGUGUGGAGUAAGAAGAUGUGUCCUUGGAGUUACCAAUAAGGCCAAUAUGUGUGCAACAUUAAGGCUACCAACCAUUAAAGGAAUUAGGUUACCCGAGGAUGUUACCAUGACGUUGCAGUGUGCCCCUAGGGAUAGUAUAGUGUCUCAUACGAAGCAUAUACGACUAGGGCCAACGACUAUUACCAAGGGUAGAUCAACAAAAAGUAGUAUAGUAGCAAGCGGUGGAGGCCAGUAUAACUUUGACAGUCAAAUUUUUCUUUUGAGAAAGUCCCCUGGCAGUAACAACUUCGAUCAGCUCUUACAGACGGGCAGUGUGGUACAGUUAGGGGAAGAAAUGUUGUUGAGGACUAAGAUCCAGGACGGAGAUGAAUUUUAUUCAACGUGCACCCUUUGUAACAUCUGGAACAUGUGCAGCAUACAUUAUUUGUCAACCAAGUAAACUCUGGUGGGCACCUGGUUAAGCAGAGUCGAUUGUAAAACACCGAAUUGUGGUCGUUGAACAAAAAUAUAGAGUCGCUCAAUCUUAUGGUUAGCAUCCGCACAGGCCUUAGCGAUAUCGACAAAAACGGCGAAUGGUGGCUUAGCCGCCCACUAUUACUAACAUAUGUUUUGAAAAUAUUAGGGAGGGUGGAAAUACAGCAGAAUGGGUCCAGUCAUAAUAAGAAAUGAGAAAAGCAAAAAACACGUCACCCUGGUAGAGGAGAACGGAUGUCGCAGUCCAGGAAUAAGAAGUAUCUGUCCUUUUCAUCCCAAACAACUGCACCCGCUGGACAACAUUUUGUACUUCAGAGCCUUUCUGUUUGAUGACUCUGUCAAAGGAGACGAUAUGGUGUUGUCUGUACGGAUGACAGGAUGUCUCCAUGCCCAGGAUUGUUUUAGGAAUAAUAUUUGCGAAGAAUCAAACUUCAGUCCACCACACAGAUCGAAGCGGGAUAUCAACGAAAAAUCUAACGAAACAACAAAAUGGGAGUCGGUGUUACAAUUCAAAGUCGUGAUGUCCCCUCAAGAUAUUACAAAAUCUCCAUUGGACCCAUACAAAAUUAAUGAAAGUCAGUACUCAUUGUCAAGCAUCGUUGUGAUAGUAUUAUUAAUGGUAUUGUUAAUGCUGAUAUUAUUUCUCACUUUAAUUUUAUCAUUUAAAUUGUACUUUAGACAUCUCAAUUGAUAAUAUGUAUAUUAAGUUGCCAUUUCGUUUACUUGUUGAAAAAAAAAUA